AUGUCCAUAAUCUCCAUCCAGGCCAAGAGGUUCCGGUUAGAUCAAGGGGGUCGAGAAGAACAGCAACCUGAAGUGUUACCUGCUGACAUCCAACAUCCCUUGGAUGACAGACCAAUCUUAUGUCCAACGAUAGCGACGACCAACCCUACCCCUGCCUGUUGUGAGGAGCAGCAGCCUGCCUCCGGAUCUAAAUCUGUAGUCCUGGAAGAAGAGAUUCCGGAAGAAAUCAGUGGAUCCAAGGAGGAUUCCCUGUGUGAUAGUGGGAGUGGAAGUGGAAGUGUGGGUGCAGGUGGGGGUGGGGGUGGAGAAGCCAUCGGUGACCUCGGGUGCACCUCUACUAGUUUCUCCCUUGCAAACCAUUGGUCUCAAAUGACCACUGCCGUACCUUCCGUCGCUGUCCCGACCGUGAAGUUUGCAGGAAAGUCGUCUCCGGUGGAGCAAGAAACGCCGCAGUCAGACUCCCCAUUCUCCACGUCGGAUUCCCUCAGCCCGUACUACCCUAGCAUGCAAGCAUAUAAUGGCCAGAGUCCUAACAAUCCGUACAUGCAAGCAUCAACGCUUUACAAUGGUCAAGCCGCCCAAACCUAUGGAGUUCUUCCACAACAUUAUGGUCUCGCUAGUGAGUACAUUCUUGGUGCUCGGGGGAGUGGGAAGGGCUUCUCAAGUGGUUCCGCCGCUGCCGCUUCCUACCUGAGUGCCUACGGGGGCAGCUUGAGUAGCCAGACAACUCAGGCCCACUACCCAGCCUACCCUGGCACUUACGCCCAUCCACCCUCACAGUCCUACUCAUCCGGGCAACAGGGGGUGGACUACUCUGGGACGUACGCGGGAACUUAUCCAACUCAGACGACAGGCUAUCCAUAUGGUUAUGGAAGUGGACAUUCCACGGCAGGGAACUCCUCUUACAUGGUAGCUUCAUCUGCACCUCCAACGACCAGUGGGAAUGCCUCAAUUCCCACCGUGAACUCCUCGUCACCCCUGAAUCCCCUCGCCUCCUCUUAUCCCCUCGCCAAUUUAGCUGAGCAUCCCUUGGCCUACCAGGUUCUCGAGAGCGAUCCAUCGUCUCCCCUCAAGACAGAGCCCACUAAUGGCGUCCGGAGAUCCUCUACGACGAGCUCAUCGAGCAGAAAGCGAGGACGACGGAAUACGAACCCUUCUCCAGAUCCAGAGAGCAACUUGGAAAGGGUGUUCAUUUGGGACCUGGACGAAACUAUUAUAAUUUUCCAUACCCUUCUCACCGGAUCCUACGCUGCUACCUAUGGCAAGGAGCCGAAUGGGUCCGUGAAUCUCGGGUGUCGUAUGGAGAACCUGAUCUGGAAAUUGGCAGACACUCAUCUAUUCUUCAAUGAUUUGGAGGACUGUGAUCAAGUACACAUUGACGAUCUAGCCACGGACGACAACAACCACCAAGAUCUGAGUGCAUACGACUUUUCUAGGGACGGUUUCCAAGCGUUGAGUGCCACCGGGUCCCUCCCGCCCCUUCCAACUGGGCCAGUCCGGGGAGACAUGAACUGGCAGCGAAAGCUAGCUUUCAGGUAUCGCCGAAUCAAAGAGAUCUACAACAGCUACCGUAACAAUGUUGGAGGUCUCUUGGGCCCGACCAAGCGAGAGGAAUGGCUUCAACUCAGAGCCGAAAUCGAACAGCAUACGGACAAUUGGCUCACCCGAGCCCUCAAAUGUCUCGCCAUAAUCCAUUCCAGAUCGAAUUGUGUAAAUGUAUUGGUGACGUCAGCGCAACUAGUCCCCUCCCUGGCCAAAGUCCUUCUCUAUGGUUUGGGAGGAUUCUUCCACAUCGAGAACAUCUAUAGCUCUGCCAAAGUCGGAAAGGAAACUUGCUUCGAGCGGUUGGUGAACCGAUUCGGACGGAAAUGCACGUAUGUCGUCCUGGGCGACGGGAGCGACGAGGAGACAGCUGCCCAGCACAUGAAUUUCCCGUUCUGGCGGAUCGAUAGUCCUAGAGACCUGGAGGCCCUGUACAACGUCCUUCAAAUGGGCUACUUAUGAUCGGGGAGAAUGGAUGGAAGAGAAGAAUGAAUGAAUGAAUCCAUCGAUCCAUCAUUCUCUAAUGGGGUGGGCAGCAGAAGAUUUUUCCCUCCAAGGCUGAAGGUGUCCAAGAGUGAAUUCGCUGCCGCCUGUCGCCCGUCGCCGUGUGAUACUUACCAAUAUACCAUUUUGGAUGGCUGAAGACGCUUGAGAAUUCUAUGGUUUUUUUUAUUAUUCCUUUAUGACUUGUUUCUUCAGAUGGGCUAGGAAGGAAUUCAGAGAAGGUUUUUUAUUAUUAUUUACCGAGAUGACUUGUGAUUCCAGUUCCUUGUUGCCAAAUGUCUGUCUCUCAAUCUCUUUUUCCUUCAAGGUCUCCAUCUGGAAAUGAUCUCUCAUGUGUACUCCACGGGAAGAAGAGUACGGUUAUAAAUGCGUCCUCCAUUUCCCAGGCCUUCUUGGACGUCUAUUGAGGGCAUCGAGGCAUUGAGAAUGUAUAGUAUAAAGCAGUGGAAUAUUCUGCCUAAUACAUGUCACCGCGGGAAAGAAAAGUGGCCUCUAAGUAAAAAAAAAAAAAAACCGAGUCGACCCGGUUAAGCGAAAAGCGAAAGGGUCGGUCUGCUGUCAAAUUGCUAUUUGUUUUGAUUUGAAUGGGAAAAGGCCUGGAAAAUGAAGGAUUAAGACUUGGUUACGUUGCAUGCAUGCAUACACCUGUAGCUGCAGCUGAGUCGAUAGACCAUUGUAGGCCUAUCCAAAAAUCCUCCAUCCCCCUCCCCCCGUGAGAUACCAAUUAGUAAUUGUAAUCGAGAUGUUAUUUCCGUUAUUUAGAAGGGACCAACCGCCUUUCAUCCACUAAUCUUUCCUUCUUUCUCUCUUCGUUAGCUUUCAAACUUCCUUCUUUCUUCCCUGAAACUUCUCUGUGUCUAUAUUGUAUUACUGUAUCUACAACUAUCCACAGUUCUGUCACUUUUUCCAGUGCACAACUCGAAU